AUGAUUGUCAUCGAUCAGUUGCGCAGCGAGCGAAUGGCUAUUGGCGUCAUCUGUUUCCGGUUAUUUAACGCACUGCCAGAUGGCGAGCAACAUCAGAUGGGCAGCGCUUUUCACGCACAUGCAGCAGCAGCAGCAGUAGCAGCAGCAGCAGUAGUAGCAGCAACAGCAGCAGCAGUAGUAGCAGCAGUAGCAGCAGCAGCGCGAGAUGGAUUUUCUGGCAGCGGGACUGGGGUGACCCCUAGCUCAGCACGACGGGCUGUUGCUAUUGCUGCUGUCCAGUUUUGCUUGCUUGGGGAUCGCCGCCCAUUCACAGGCAGCAGUCCUGCGUGUUCGGCAGCGCUGAGUCCCGGUCCCGGGAUGGUUGGAUGCUCAUGGGUCACGCAGUUCGACAGGGCUCGAGCUGCUACGACCACGGGCCGUGUCCUGGCCACAUUUGGAUUCGUUUCGUUUUUGCCUCUGCCAAGCGGCGGCGGCGGCGGUGUGCGUGGUUCUCUGUGCUGGGCGUCCACAGUGGCCUGUGAACGCUUCCAAUCAGGGUUCCACUCACAACAUUCCAAGUGGUUAACUCAUCAACACUACUCAGCAGCAGUAGCAGCAGCAACAGCAACAGCAGCAGCAGUAGUAGCAGCAGCAGCAGCAACAGCAGCACGGGACAUCUACUCAUGGCUUCUGGUACUUUAUAUUUUUUGGCUUUUUCCAUUACUUUUUGACUUUUUGCAUUGCUUUUCGGAUUUCUCGUGA